CGGCCUCACCCAACGCCCCCACCCACCCGAACACCCAAUCUGAUUGGAGACAGCCGGAUGCCGGCUGACCCUGGGCCCGAGGUGGGCAGUGGCUGGCCAGGCCUCCUCAUGUCCUGCCUGAAGGGCCCCCAUGUCAUCCUCAAGAUGGAGGCCAUGAAGAUUGUUCACCCUGAGAAGUUCCCCGAGCUGCAGGCGGCUGCCGCUUGCUUCCCACCUGCACCGAGGCCCACCCCUGCUCUGGCACCCAAACGCGCCUGGCCCUCAGACACAGAGAUCAUCGUCAACCAGGCGUGUGGGGGGGACAUGCCCACCUUGGAUGGGGCGCCCCGCACCCCUCCGUUGCCACGACGGCCCCGAAAGGGCAGUGUGGAGCUGGGCUUCCCCCGCGUGGCGCCAGCGGACGAGGUCAUUGUGAAUCAGUAUGUGGUGCGGCCCGGCCCUGCCGCCUCGGGGCCCCCCGCCACGGCGGCACCGGCUUCAGGUGAGCCCCUGGAGUGCCCCACCUGCGGGCACACGUACAACGUCACCCAGCGGCGGCCCCGCGUGCUGUCCUGCCUGCACUCCGUGUGUGAGCAGUGCCUGCAGAUUCUCUAUGAGUCCUGCCCCAAGUACAAGUUCAUCUCCUGUCCCACCUGCCGCCGGGAGACUGUGCUCUUCACGGACUACGGCCUGGCCGCACUAGCCGUCAACACGUCCAUUUUGAGCCGCCUGCCACCCGAGGCACUGACCGCCCCAUCCGGGGGCCAGUGGGGGGGCGAGCCGGAGGGCAGCUGCUACCAGACCUUCCGGCAGUACUGCGGGGCCGCGUGCACCUGCCACGUGCGGAACCCGCUGUCCGCCUGCUCCAUCAUGUAGCACCCGCCCGCUCGACGCUGCCCGCCAGUCCUUGCUCGCCGCUUCUUCAGGGAUCCGGCCCUGCCCUGUCGCCUGUUGACCCCUCACCCACCACCGCUUCCGGCCCCUCCCCGUGUGGCACUGCCGCUGCAACCAACUCUGCCAUUAAAACUCUUUGCCAAAGUU